AUGUCCUUGAAUGACUGUGCCACACCUGCAGGCUUGUCGGCGGCUGGCGUUCCGGGAAAGGCGCGUCGCUGCUGCACUUUCCUGGCAAGAGCAGCAGCCCAAACCAAAAUUGGGCAGGCGCGCGAAGGGGCAAAAACAAAGCACGUUAUAAAAAUUGGCAGGAAGUUCCUGCCCGUUGCGGGAUCCACGUGGUAUGAUUGGUGGAGACCGCCUGCCAGUGGCCCAAUCAAAAGCACAGUAUCACGUGGGAUUACGUCGUUGAUUCUGGAAGCCGCCGCGAUUUUCCCGAAACGCCUCGAACUGGCGUGA